AUGGCGGAUGACAAUGAGCUCGAUAUCGCGUCGGCGGUUGCCAAGGUCAUGAGAGCUUACAAUAACACGGUCCACAGUGUUACCCAGCGUAUUCCUGCUGAGAUGAUGAAACUCGAGUCUACCGACGUUGAAUGGCAGCGAUUGAUUGCCAAGUGCGUCGCUGAUGCUGAGAGAAAGCUCGAGUCGUGUACAUAUCAUGAAUUAUUCCCUGGCGCCAUAGUGAGGAUGCGUCAAGUGAAUAAGUAUGAUAAGAUUAUUACUAAGACUAUGGAUAUGCCAUUCAGCGAGAAGCGAUGGAGAGUCCUGGGAUUCAUCAGCAGCUCGCGUGGUUUGGUGACGACUUCUCCUAACGAUGAUUACGGCCUAUUUCGAAAGGCUAAGAUUAUUUGUGAUAAAGAAGUCAAAGUUGUCCAUGUUUCGAGACUGACUCACUGCAAGCCUGGUGAAGUUGAUGUGCAGGACCUGAGGCGAGCCAUGCGCCGCAUGACUCGUGAUAGUCCGCAGUGA